AUGUCAAAAGAAAAAGGUUCCUUGCAAAGUGAUUCUUCUUCUCUGGCCUCGCCUUCUCUCCCCCGGACGAUCCAGUCCAAAGUGGGGAAGCAGGCGGUUCUUCCCUGCAGCUGGAAGUCUCGCCUGGACACCGGGGCCGGGUCUGCCUGCCACAUCCUGUGGUCGGCGCCUCCCAACGUGGUGUUUGAGCGGCUCCGAGAGGAGAAGUGGGAGGCCACGGACCUGAAGGGUCGGGCGGAGGUUCCUGAGGAGAAACUGGAGUCGGGGGAUUGUUCCCUGAUCAUUAACAACGUCCAGAUCGUAGACACCGGGAUCUACGAGAGCUUCAUGGUGGUGGACGGAGUGAGGUCCAAAAAAACCCGGGUCUUCCUGCAAAGUGUCAAGCUCUCUGUGACGGACCACCAGUCCAGGUACUCUCGGUAUCCAGGUGAAGACUUGUUCCUGGAGCUCCACACCACCCUCUCAUACCGACUCGUCUUCCAGGGCAGGAACAGCUCCGAGUGGUCGGUCGUGUGGAUGAGGGAAGGCGGAAACAGCCAGCGGUUUGAGAAACAUCCAGUGCUCGAGCAGAUAACGAUAAAGAACCUGACCCACUCAGAUGACGGAACGUACAAAGUGUUAGACGAGCACGGCCUCUCCGUCAGCACCGUGCAGCUCUCGGUGGAAGAACAAUCAACAGCUUUCAGAGUCCAGCAGGAACUGGAAAACGCAAUUACAGAUGCUGCUGCCAGAAGCAGCUGCUCGGAUCUUCUCAUCUUGUCUGUUCUUGUUUCGUGGCUGCAAAUCCUUCAUCUUCUCUGAAACUGUUUCAUUUACAAAGCGGCUGCACGCCAGACCUGAGACUCCUUGCACGCCGGGAGCAGCGCAGCAAGUUUCUUAAGCCAGUGAGAACCUGUUGAGUUGGAAUAUUGCAAGAUCGUUGCUUUCGUUCUUUGUCUGUGUUUUUAAAAGUACAGCUAGAGCAGGGGUCACCGAUCCUGGGCCUCGAGGGCCGGUGUCCUGCAGGUUUUACAUGUUUCGCUGCUUCAUUGCACCGUGAUAAAAGUGACUGUGUCCUUAAGAGAAUUGUGCAGACCUCAAUG